CCUGGCGUCUUCCGUGUCUUUACAAAGCAAGGGGCUAGCAACCAGAUGCGGCUUGAUGGGACAGCAGUGAGGAUGGAGGUGUCGGAUGUUGAGUGUAACCAGGUGAAACGCUUUCUGAAGCAGGGCGGCCGUAAGUCCCUCACCCUGGACUGCCGAUCGUUCCUGGCUUACAGCGCGGGUCACAUCAGCGGCUCGCUCAACGUCCGCUGCAACACCAUCGUCAAACGCAGAGCCAAGGGCUCGGUCAGCCUUCAGCACAUCAUUCCGGCCGAGAAACCUCGCAGCCGGCUCCAAGCCGGUUUCUACUCGGCCCUCCUUCUCUACGACGACAGGAGCCAACGGUUUGACCUGGUCAGGCACGACAGCACCGUUAACACGGUUCUCAACGCGCUGCUGGCAGCCUCCCACCCACCUCACAUCUACUUCCUGAAGGGAGGAUACGAGCGAUUUUCUUCUGAGUAUCCGGAGUUUUGUGUUAAAGCGAAAAGUCCAUCUGGAAUCUUGUCACCAUCCAACAUUGAGACACCAGGAACAAGUUUAAGUGCCUGUGGGACUCCCCUCCAUGACCAGGGUGGCCCAGUGGAAAUUCUUCCUUUUCUGUACCUUGGAAGUGCGUAUCAUGCAUCUAAAAAGGACACACUCGAUGCUAUGGGGAUUACAGCUCUCUUGAAUGUCUCCUCUAAUUGUCCAAACCAUUUUGAGGAUCAUUAUCAAUAUAAAUGCAUUCCAGUGGAGGACAAUCAGAAAACAGACAUCAGUUUCUGGUUCAUGGAAGCAAUAGAGUACAUCGAUUCUGUCAAGAAAGGUGAUGGCCGAAUCCUUGUUCAUUGCCAAGCUGGGAUUUCGCGAUCCGCCACCAUCUGCCUCGCUUAUUUAAUGAUGACUAAACGUGUGCGACUUGAGGAGGCCUUUGAGUUUGUCAAGCAGAAACGGAGCAUAAUCUCGCCCAACUUCAGCUUCAUGGGACAGCUGCUGCAGUUUGAAACUCAGAUCCUGGCUCCCUCACGUUCUGUCAAAGCAUCCAGUCCUUCAGCAGCCCUCAGGGAGCAGAGCAAAUCUUCAUCAACUCCAACAUCUCAGUUUGUAUUCAGCUUCCCUGUCUCCGUCAGUGUUCAUUCAACUCCAAGCGGUCUCAGUUACUUACCCAAACCCAUCACAACGUCACCAACUUACUAAUGGAUGAGUUUACAAACUCAACCAAACAUCCAUAACUUAUUGCUAAUAGAACAUUGAGUCAAGUAGUUUGUUAAACAGUCUGAACCUCUUAUUUUAAAGGGGCAGAAGAAGGUUAGCAUUCAGUUUUGACAACAAUUCACUUGUAAAAUUAUUGGCUACAUUUACACCUCACUUCCUAAAUGUCAAGACUAGAAACCUUCUUUCGCAAUAAGUCACUUUUGAAUAAACAUUAAAUUUUCUUUGACUCACUAAUUCCUCAGUACUGAUAUUGCAACUACUGAUUAAUGCAAGCUUCCUUCUCUGUUGAGCAAGGUGCCAGUGUGGGACUCCCAUUUUAACCCGCUGAUAGGCACCAAGUUAACAUCUCUGCACCUGUGUGUGAAUUAUACAUGACUUUCUCUCCAUAAAUGUCAGAAUCUAAAAUGGACAAAACAAAUACAAGGGUCACACUGAAAGUUGUAAAAUUGUAAAGCAAGACCUACUGCACACCACUCAGUCACAUGCCAAGCAGGAAGCAACACUGGGUGGGACAUUCAAGAAACCUUUUUCCCAUUGCGUCUUUCAGUUGCUUUAUUUAAGGGUCAGUUUGGGACUUGGCUGUGAUGAUCUGCUCUGUUUGUGGAAAAAUAAAUCCCCACAAUCUAUAUCAAACCAUGGAACUACUUUCUCCCACUAUGAGACACAACAGCCCUACACAUGCUGGAAAACCUCAAAGUGUAGGAACAACCUGGAUUUCCCACUUACACAGAAAAUAAAUCCUCAUCCACAAGCUAGGUUAGCUUUGUCUAUCAGCGUGGACAAGUCAUUUAGGAACCUGAGACAUUUCACAAAGGGACUAACAGUACUGUUGUACCUGCCAGAGUCCCAAGUAAUCCUGUACUCUUCCUAGGAGCCAGACUGCACCCUGCUCAUUUUAUUGGUUCUUGUUUUCAAAAUACCAGCAGAUAAUCACGAUUCAGAUGAAAGAUGAAAUCGAACUAGCUGAGAGGCACUGCCCAACAGGCAGUUUACUUCUGACAUUUGACAUUACGCAAUCAGUAAAAGGAAGGGAAAGGUGCCCAGGGUCAGCACAGAAGCAUGUCAAAGAAACAUUGUACCUUUAAAAAAUGCAAAAAUAACAUAGAAUUGAAAGCACAAUUUAAAAGAAAAAUGAUGUGAUUCAAGAAAAAGCCUGGAACCUGUUAAUUCACAAAGACGACAGACUGGACAGUGAAUGACCAACUAUCAAUCUCCAACACUGUGCUUGGCUAUUACUGUUUCAUUCUAUACUGGCCACAAAUCUUUUCUAAGCUGUAAUUUGCUUUCAAUUGAAUUCAAUACUGACUGAAACUCGCCCUGGACCAUUUUGGAAAAUACUUCUGGUUGGCUGGUUUGAAGAUCAGAAAUGAAUCUAAUCCAUCUUCACUAAAUAAUACUUUGUAAAGUCUUUGAUGCUUAAUGGUUUUAUCUCAAAAAGCACCUUUUCAAAGCCAGUUAUUACUCUAGUUCCUACGUAGGACAGAUUGGCUUGUACAGGACCCUUUAAAAGCACAGCCUUACUCUUAAAGUUUUAUUUAAAUCAUCGAACAGAGUGCUGCGGUUAUUUUUUGUGUGUGUGCAAUAUUUGGCGACUGGCCAGGCGUUCUGGAGUUUAAGGCUCCCUGGCUAAGCGCAUGCUCGGAAAAUUAAUCGUGUACCUCAGGUUCAUACAUUUUCAGUAUUUUUUCUACUUCUCAAUAUUCCGUCCCAGAUUUUGAUAGGAAAGUAACAGUGAAUUUAAUGUGUUAGUCGCGUGGUGAGCAAGAGACACACUAUAAGUUGUGAAUCACCACACAAGUUGCUGGAUGUUUUGUGCCAUUGUGUCUAAAAACUGAAACCUCAUCCACAAUCUUAUCGUGAGUUUAAGGAAUUUGUUGCAUUCGUGCCGUAAAUAAGAAUUAAACUCUCAGUGCAGAAAGCGAGGAGUGCUGUUAACGCAGUAUAAAGGUACAGUUAAUAAUUUAUUAUCCCAAUAGGCCACUCAUCCUUGAAAGGCCUGUAAGGGAAUAAUUGAAAGUAAGGAAUCUCACUCUCACUGGUAAUAAGCUGUUUCAAUAGAAUUUUUGAUUUUCUUUUCAUCCUUAAUGCUUAUUUCAGUCUCUUGUUUUUCUCUCUCAAUCCAAUCAUAUUUUCCCUCUCUUUAUUUCUCUUUUUCUGCAUUUAGUUUGACUUCAACAUAUCUGAUUCUCUGCUGCCAUUUGCUCCUUUAUUCUCUACCCUUAGGUGUUAUCUCAUAGUUCACCACAGCCUCAGAAACCUGUCUGACCAUUAUUAGUCCACUUCCAAGAUGCUCCACUCCAGCAAAUUCUGGGCCGAUGAGAAUAAUUUCUCAAUCAGAGCUUACGAACCAUUGGUGAGAUGAUUUAGAAACUUGAUCAUUGAGAACCCAGGACUAAAGGCGGAUCAAGACACAGAAUCAAUGUUCAACCACUUUAGCCCUGUCUGCAACCUACACUCCCACCUAGCAAUGUUUCACACUGAUUCAGAGUGUCAGAAAAAUAUCCCUAACACAAUAUACCUGAGUGAAUGUUUUGAUAUUUGCACAUGUUUUAUCCUAACUAUUUAUGAAUAAGGAGCAGUAAAUGUUAGUUCAGAAAUUGCUUGAGAAAAAUGUACACCAAGAAUGUGUUGUGGUAUUUUAUACUCUAUAUAUAUUUCGUUUCAUUUGUCACUCUGAAUGUCAGAACCUCAUUCUGAUUUAUUUA